AUGGAAUAUCCAACAAUAUCAAGAGUUAGGAUAAGAUUUGUGUAUUUAUUAGUCGUUGGAUUAAUUUUAACUUAUAAUUGUGUGCUUGGUCAUGACGGGACAAUAGAAAAAAGAAAUACAGAAGAUGAUUCGUCGCAGAUAAAGUGGUUUUUUGAUGACAAAAAUUUAACUAGCUCAAAUAGAGUAAGAAGAUCACCACCAGGUAUUGUGCAAUUAGAACCUCAUAAUUUUAUUGAAGAUCCCAAGUGCCGGGAUGACGUCAAACGAUUAUGCGGUGCUAUGGACAAUUCUAAUGAUGAUUUAUUCAUGUUGGAAUGUGUGCAAACAUUUAAGCCAAAUGAAGUAGCAGCUAUUAAUGAAGAUUGUCAGCACGUUCUUUGGACGCACUUAGUAAAUUUAACGAAGAAUGAAAACAUACAGAGAUUAACUAGAAAAGCAUGCGGCGAAAGCAUUGAUGAACUCCAGUGCCCAGCGGAUAAGGAACCGGGAAGCUAUCUUACAUGCUUGAUAGAAAAACGAGAAAACGUUAAAGACCAGCAGUGCUCUGAGUAUAUACAGAGAUUAGAAUGGAUUGCGUUCAGUGAUUUUCGUGUAAUAACAUCGAUGGUUAAUGACUGCCAGCGAGACAUCGUUAAAUUCAAAUGUGGGAGGAUCCAGCCUUAUCGAGAAAUAUCACAGGGCCAGAUACUGGCGUGUCUGCAGACCCAUAUCGAUGAGCUCAACUCCAAAUGUAAAAAACGGAUACUCAAAGUGUCUGAAAUACAAGCGGACAACGUUAAAUUAGACCGUCAACUGUACAUGGCGUGUAGACAAGAUCAUGUGCGAUUUUGCUCAAACAUACGUCCAGGCAGUGGACAAGUUUACAAAUGCCUGAUGCAGUACAAGUUUGAUCGAGCUAUGACCAAACAGUGUCAUGAUCAAUUGACCAGACGGGAAAGAUUGAUUUCAUCUGAUUACAAAGUCAGUAAGGGUCUUGCUAAAGCUUGCAAAGAGGAUAUUAAAAAUAAUCACUGUCGUAAAUACGUGUCGGAUGACAAAGAAAUACGGCUGGCACAAAUAUUACUUUGCUUAGAAUCUGCGUUCAAAAAUGGCAGCAAAAUUGACUCGGAUUGCCAGCGAGAAAUGUUUGAUCAUCGGAAAAUGUUGAUGGAGGAUUACAGUUUGUCUCCGGAGAUUGUCAACGGCUGCGCUAAGGAUAUCUCUGAGCAUUGCAAUGGUCUGAAAGACGGCGGUGUUACAAUUCACUGUUUAAUGAAGCACAUCAAAACGCGUAAGAAGAGCGCCCAGGUAUCAUCAGAAUGUCAGCGUGCUGUUGAAUCUCUGAUAAAAGAAACAGAUGCCGGUGAAGAUUGGCGAGUGGAUCCGGUUUUGCGUGAAGCUUGUCAACCGGUUGUUGAUUCUUCUUGUCGCGACGUCACUGGUGGCAACGCUCGUGUUAUUUAUUGUCUUAUGGAUAAACUUGGUACUGACAGAAUGCUCGCUGAUUGCGAAUCAGCUCUCAUACAAAUACAAUACUUUGUCGCCAGAGAUUACAAAUUAGAUCCUCAGCUGUACAAAGCGUGCAAACCAGACGCCGUACAAUUAUGUAAUGCCAAGACAGCUUGGACUGAUGACGGCAACCAAAUGGAUCCUGAGAGAGGUCCUCUAAUACUUCCCUGUCUUUACAGAUAUGCUCAUAAUUAUAAUAGUAAUAUUAAUAGUAAUAGUGUGCAAAAUAAAAAUGAUUUAAGUCUGAGAUUUGAAUGCUUGGAAGAAAUCAGACGUGUUAUGAGACAGCGAGCUAUCAGUGUUGAUUUACAGCCUGAAAUAGAGCAAGGUUGCUUUAAUGAACUGGCGACUUAUUGUAAUGACAAAACAGGACGUGGUGAAGAAGUCUUGUGUCUUCAGGACAACUUCGAGCGGUUUACUGAUAAAUGUAAAUCAGUAAUUGGUAAUUUAACGCAAGAUCAAGCGGAACGAGUUGAAUUAAAUCCCGUUAUAAUGUCAUCGUGUCAACGAGUUAUGGAAAAGUAUUGCGAAGAUGUAUUCAAGUAUGGAAAAGACGAGGGUGAUAUGAUGGAAUGCUUGGUUGAUCAUAAAAAUGAUUUAGAUCAUUUUGAGUACAAAUGCAAGGCAGCUAUUGAACAUUUUCAAUUGAUAUCCCUUCAAAAUUAUCACUUUACUUAUAAAUUUAUGAAAGCAUGCAAACCACAUGUUGAUCGUUGGUGCCAAAAAGCAACUACUAAAUCAAAAGUUAUUGAGUGUUUGAGCACUAUUGUGCAUGAAGAUAUUGUAAAGGAGAGUCAGCAUAGAAUUUUAAAGGAUUGUAGACAACAGCUGAGAGCACAGCUAUAUCAACAGAGAGAAAAUAUACGUCUGGAUGUUACUCUACAGAAAGCAUGUGCUGUUGAUAUUCUACAGUUGUGUAAUCAAGUUGAGCCUGGCAAUGCUCAGGUUUUGGAAUGCUUGGCGUCGAAAAAAAAUAAAUUGUCUGAAUCGUGUCACAAGCAACUUUUUAAAGUGAGACAACAAGAUUUUCAGGAUAGCUCGAGUGACUUUUUGCUACUCAACACAUGUCGAUCAAUGAUGAAACAAUACUGUCUCGAGGAUAAUGAUAAAUCUAAAGCACUUGAGUGUCUUAAGAGGUGGAAAGACGAACCGGCUUUUGAUGAAAAAUGCAAGAAUGUCGUACUGAAACGUAUGAUCGAGCAGAAUACUGAUUAUAGAUUUAAUGUUGCUUUGCAGUCCUCUUGUUCACGUGACAUUGUCAGUCAUUGUCAGGAAGUGUUGAACAAUCAACCCACGGACAAAGAACUUGAAGGAAAAGUUAUCAAUUGCUUGAGAAUUAAAUUUAGAGAGGGAAAACUUAAUAAUAAGUGUAUGAAACAGAUGACUGUGAUUCUGAGACAAGCUGCGAUUAACUAUCAUCUUAAUCCUUUACUCGCUACUCUCUGUGCUCAAGAGGAAGAAUGCCGAGUAGAAGUUGCAAAUCUUAUUGAAGAAGCUAAAGCAGAUAUUCAUAUUGAUCCUCUAUUGCAAAAAUCCUGUAGUGUUGAUAUAGUUAAAUAUUGCAGUGAUAUUCCUCAAGGAAAUGGCAGACAUAUCGGAUGUUUACAAACAGUAAUGACUGAUACCAAAAAAUCCCUACAGCCUGAUUGCUACAAGAUGUUAUCAACUAGAAUAGAAAUGUUUAAGAAUGCCGCCAAAUUACAUCUGCCAAAUUCGAUUCAGGAACUUUACUUAACGGUGAACCAAUCGCCGUCUAGGAAAUAUUUUAUAAUUGUAUCUUUAACAAUGAUCGGAUUUAUUUUUAUUGUUGGUUUAUUCUGCGGUCGUGUUACACAUCGAACGAUGAGGAUGAUGAAAAAUAAGUGA